AUGAUGAAGUUCUUGGUUAUUCUGUUGCUUGUUGAAUUUGCAUCAGCUAAAUCUCUGAGUUUACCUGCACAUGUAAGUACUAUAAUAGUUAAGGUUACAACUGAGCUUUUACUAGGAAAAAAAGAGAAAGUGGAAGUGUGAGUGAAAUCCGUUUUUAAUAGGGAUAUAUAAUUUAAUUAAAAUAAACAAACUUACCCGUGUUUAGCCAACUCCAAUACCUUCAAUAAAACCUUCGUACUCCACACCAGUGAGUAUUUUAAAAAAUUUUUCUUGAGUAGUUUUACUUUUAUUCUGUAAUUUUUAAUUGUUAUAUAUAAACUAAUUUAUUAGGUGCCGACAUAAAGAACCCGUCAUGUUUUACAAGAAAUUACCGGAAAAGUAUGGCGGGUUCUUUAUGUCGGCCUCCAAUAAAUAAACAAAUUUUCCGUGUUUAGCCAACUCCAUUACUUCCAACAGGAGUUCCUUACCCUCAACCCGUAAGUAUUUUAAAAAUUUUUCUUGUGAAUUUUUAGUUUUAUUCUUUAAUUUUUCAUAUUUUAACGAUGUUAAACGUUUUAUAAUUUAAUAUAAAUUAACAAACAUGCCGUGUUUAGCCACAUCCACCACCUCCAACAGCUGAUCCUUACUCUCCACCAGUAAGUAUUUUAAAAACUUUUUGUUGGGGAAUUUUAUUUUCAUUUUUUAAUUGUAAAUUGCAGAGCCCAGGAUGUCCAGACUGCUCUGCGCCAUAUCCAGCCCCAACACCUACAAAUAUUGUUUGCUUUCCCUGGAACGCUUAA